AUGUCAACUACUGCUGAGGAACAAAGCAUCAAGGUUAUUGAGGAAGCCCUGUGUACAUGGAUAUUGCAGAAAUCUAGAAAAAACGGCAACCGCGCAGGAGUACCACACACAGAAGUUGUUAAAAUUGUUUCCUAUUUUAAAAGUGAGUUAAAAAUUGGUAAUAACUUUUGUCUACAGAAAAAGUGGUUAAAAGAAUUCAAAGAACGCCACAAGGUUUAUAUAAUAACCAACAAACCUUACAAACCCCUUACGCGACAAUUUCAGCCCGCCGAGUUUGUUCAGCAGUUACGUUUGCACCCAUCACAGAUUUAUAUUGCAGACGAAUCGGGUCUUCACUGGCGGUUCAAAAACUCCGAUCCAUUAGAGCCAGAUCUUUUAACAUUUUUAACUUGUGCCAACAUAAGUGGCCUUCACAAGCUGCAACCUUUUGUAAUUGGUAAAAUAAAAAACCCCCCGUCUCUGGAAGGUCUCAAUCCUCCAAUUGUCUAUUGCUCCCAGAAAGAUGGUCUGAUGACUAGGCAAUUAUUUUCUAAAUGGUUUAAGACAUGCUUCGUUCCCGAAGUACAAAAACGCUCCAGCGAUGAAUUAGAUGGAAGGGCUGUACUUAUUAUUGAUUCGGCGACUUAUCAUCCCCAGCCAGGAAAUCUGAUGCCCGACCAUCCAUCCAUCGAAGUGUUAUUUAUCCCAUUGGACCACAAAGCAGAGAAGGGCAGCCAGGAUGUGUUUAACUAUAUCAAACGGAAGUAUAAAGAUGAUUUUCUUAACACAGCAUUAGCACGACCUGGUAAUGUCAAUAAUCUUACGCAAUUUAAUAUAAGAGAUAUGGCAUAUCUUCUAGCUGACUGCUGGAGUUCUGUACCCCAAAGCAUGUUUGGCUCCUGGUGGAACUUACUUAUUGCUGCGGAAGGGUCUUCAUCUGUCCAUGCGCCCACAGAUGAGGAUGUACAGUCUAGUCUAAUAAAUCGGGUGUGUGCCCAAUUUGAAGUAGAUCCGGCAAUAAUGAAGGCGUGGUACGUAGGAGAUUCUGAGAAUUCACCAAAUUAUAUGACAGAUUACGAAAUAGUGCAAAACGCCCUUAAUAUGACAUUAGAAGGCGAGGACGAAGAGGUAUCGUCCUGCGUGCCCAGCGCCAUCAAAGUAGGGGCACAUGAAGCGUUCACAGCUUUUGAAUUGUGUUUACAAUGGGCUCAAGAGAAUGGUUACGCAGCACCAGAGACUACCGUGCUACGAGAAAUGAAAGCUAAAGCCCUGAAUGUGGAAGAAUACGAACCUCCAUUGAAACGUAUCAAAAUAAAAUCUGAGGACGAGGACUCAGAUUCGUCGUCCGACAAGGUGGUCAUAUUUGAAGAAAUCAAAUUAGAAAGUUUUGAAAUUAAUGAAUAA